GUGAAAGCAGUUAGAGCAGCCUUCACCAACACGCAAGCUCUGUCAAGAGCACACAAGUCCUGGAGAAAGGAAAACGUGACAGAAAGUGAUCUGGCUUUGGGUCCGAGUGAAUGCUGAGAGAUGAAUAUACUAAUAAUCUUUGUUUUGCUCUUCACAUUCACACCACUGGCUAAAGGGACAGAUGAUACUACUACUACUACUACUACUACUACUAGUGUUCCAGACAUUGGAAACAGUUCAGCGAAGGGGACUUCCUCUUUUUCAGGGAAUAUGUCAAGUCAAGGGACAAAUGAUACUACUAUUACUACUACUACUACUACUACUACUAAUAGUGUUCCAGACACUGAAAACAGUUCAGCGAAGGAGAAUUCCUAUUUUUCAAGGAAUAUGCCAAAUCAAGUGCCUCCGAUACCUGCAUCAGUUGAUGAAAACCUUGUAACACCACAAUGUUCGGCUUGGAUUUCAUGCUGCAAGCCUUAUCCAAACAUAACAUGUUGGAAGAUGAACAAAGAAGAAUACCUCACUGAACUACCUAAUAAUAUUAGAAACAAUAAUGACAUCAUUAACACAAACAGUACCUUGAAACCAGGAGAAGGGACCUUUAUCAGAAAUUUGGACCUGAGGACGAUUCUCGUAUUUUUAUUGGGAAUGAUUUUUUCAACGUUUAUUUUCUCUACCGCGUACUUUGUGGUUAUCUGCAAUAGAUGCAGAACAACACAUGCAAAUACAGACAAAGAAAAUAUAGUCUUAGAGACUGUUAAAAGCAAACCUGACCAAUUGAUGAUGCAGUCUGAUGAAGACCAGGCAGAUGAACAGGCCCCUCUUCAAGUACAGUCUCAUGUUAAGGUCUCUGCAAACACAUCUGCUGUACAUCAUGGGACUGAAGAAGAGAUGAAGCUAUUACAAAAGGACAAGACAGAAGGAGCAGAAGUAAAUGAUGUUGACUAUGCCACUAUCAACUACUCACUUUUACAGAAGAAAAAUGAUGGAGACUUAAACUUGGGGAAAGUGGAGAGUGAUUAUGCAGAGAUUCAGCUGAAAAAGCCGAGUGAAAGAGAGGAAGGUGAGACCUCACAGGAUGGAGAGAAGCAGGAUGAAGUAGAUCAUGGUCUGGAGGCUGGGAUGGAGAGCCAGAUGCAAGUGGAGUUAGAUGACGUGCAGGUUUAAACCAGUACUCAUGGUUUACAUGGAAGAAGGACUGUGAAGAAUGGCUCUGGCAUUUUAAUUAUGAAUGAUUGUGUGAAGAUUUUGCUAUUUAUGUUCUGACUCCAGUUACAUUUGUCUUAAAUGCAGCAUAAAUAUUUGCAUUACGAAUAUGUAAACCAGACUAUGCUUUUUCCCCUUGUUUCUGUUCUGCUUUUUCUGAUCAACUGAACAACCCAUUUCCCGUAUUCUGAAACCAUGUACAGUCGAUUGCCUUAAAAGUAGCAGAAUUGAGUAACUGUUUUUACAAGGCCAAAAUUAAGCAUUGCAGGAGGAAAUGUAAAUAAAAGCCUGAAACAUAUUAACUGUCAGGCUCCAAUGUAUAGUAGUAUUGCAAAUCAUUAGAACAUCUCAAGAAUACAAGGCUUCUUUUAAAAUUAUAUGAUUAUUACUAGUCUAGGAACAGUUUUUAAAACUUUCAUUCUUCGAUACUGUAAAUGUCUACUACGCUUGCUCAAAAAGGAUUCAGUGCUGAUUGUGAUCAUCUGAACUGAAUGAAAUAAAGGAACAGUUAGUCUGAUAAA